GCGGUCCGGAUCUCCGCCCCCGGAGGUGGCCAGUCUGCUGGUGCCCGCGCAGCGCGUGCCUGCUCUGCCCCGGCUCGUCGCUGUCGCCGCCUUCGCUGCACCAUGGCCUUCGUCACCAGGCAGUUCGUCCGCUCCGUGUCCUCCUCGUCCACCGCCUCGGCCUCUGCCAAGAAGAUCAUCGUCAAGCACGUGACGGUCAUCGGCGGCGGGCUGAUGGGCGCCGGCAUCGCCCAGGUUGCAGCAGCAACUGGUCACACAGUAGUGUUGGUAGACCAGUCAGAGGACAUCCUGGCAAAAUCCAAAAAGGGAAUUGAGGAAAGCCUUAGGAAAGUCUCAAAGAAGAAGUUUGCAGAAAACCCAAAGGCUGGUGAUGAGUUUAUGCAGAAGACCCUAAGCAGCAUAUCCACCAGCAUGGAUGCAGCAUCUGUGGUCCACAGCACAGACCUGGUGGUGGAGGCCAUCGUGGAGAAUCUGAAGGUCAAGAACGAGCUCUUCAAAAGGCUGGACAAGUUUGCCGCUGAACAUACAAUCUUUGCCAGCAACACUUCCUCUUUGCAGAUCACAGACAUAGCCAAUGCCACCACCAGACAAGACCAGUUUGCUGGCCUUCAUUUCUUCAACCCAGUGCCCCUGAUGAAACUUGUGGAGGUCAUUAAAACACCAAUGACCAGCCAGAAGACAUUUGAAUCUCUGAUAGACUUUAGCAAAACCCUGGGAAAGCAUCCGGUUUCUUGCAAGGACACUCCCGGGUUUAUUGUGAACCGUCUCCUGAUUCCAUACCUCCUGGAUGCAAUCAAGUUGUAUGAACGAGGUAUAAACACACAUGGCAAUUCUAAAUCAGGUUCAGGCUAUUCUUUAAACAGUGAUGCAUCCAAGGAAGACAUUGACACUGCCAUGAAGUUAGGAGCCGGGUAUCCCAUGGGCCCAUUUGAGCUUUUAGACUAUGUUGGGCUGGAUACUACAAAGUUCAUCAUGGACGGGUGGCAUGAAAUGGAUGCGAUGAACCCCGUAUUUCAGCCCAGCCCAACCCUGAAUGAGCUGGUAGCGGAGAAGAAGCUUGGCAAGAAGACUGGAGAAGGAUUUUACAAGUACAAAUGAUGUGCAGAUUCUCUGUCCCUGAGAAGAAACCCCUGAGUGCAUCCCAGCCAGCACCCUGAGUGCCCACAGGAAUGCUCUUAGCCUGACAUUCCCACUCACAGUGCAGUCUGUUCAUGUGCAUUUUAUUGUAAUUGAUCUGAAGUAAUUGUCUACACUAGUUACAGUAGGUAACAGAUUUCUCCAUUGAGAACUAAUUCCCUUUUUUAGUCUGUUCAUUUCUGUGUGUUUUCUAAAAAGCCUUACACCCUUGGUGCCUUGGAGCAAACAUUUCUUUUGAACCUUGUCAUUUUUGUAAAGAAUUGCCUGAAUUCAUUCUCUCUUAAAAGGGAAAGUGCUUCCUCCAAGAGUGAGUGAGAGUAUGCCCAGUUCACUGUCACUGCAUGGGACAGUCAGUCACGAGUCAUUGGCAUGGAUGUGGUGUGUCUGCAAAGUGUUGCAGUGAGCAGCACCUGAAUCCUGCCUUCAUGAGCUGUGAGCCUUACCCUGCAUUCCAAAUACCACACAGGAUGUUGGGUCUUUAUCUAAUGCAUCAUCCGGAUGCUGCUGCUAGACAGGCGGGUGUGUCUCUGUGUGCUUGGUUUGCAGGAAGAGAUCUGUUUUCGUGGUCACUCAGGUCCACAAAUCUUAAUGAUUACCUUCUCUCACUCUCCCUUUUUAUUUUUCAUGAGAAAUGAGUAUUGCAAACUUCUUAUACAUUGAUUCUAAUAAAAUACCAUCUUUUAGUCUGUGAACAUUUUAAUUGAAAUAAACAUAUAUAAUUUAAAAUUGUAA